AUGUCAGAAAAAGAUUACGAUUGUGAGUUUGAGGCUUUUCAAUUUGGAACAGGCGAGAUUUACCAAUACUUUGAACAUUUAAUUGGUUAUCAAAGGGACCAGGAUUAUAAUUUAAAAAUCCCAUGUGAUGUUAAAUUAGAUAUCCAAGCUGUCUGUCAAACUCCCGAAAAGAAACAAAAUGAGUCCGAUGUCCAAUCUGUCCGUGUAUAUUUUGAUGGAUUGACUGCAACAGUUGAUAUUGAAUAUGUUGAUGAUCCACAGUUCAACAAUUUUAAAAGUAUACUUGAGUAUGAUAAGGAAUCACCUAUUAAGAUUACGGGUACCAAUAUAUUACAUGGAGCAAUAUCUGAUGAUUACUCUAUCCAUGUUGGAUUAGAUGGUAAAUGUAUAAUAAAAGAUAUCAGUAUGGCAUAUAUUGUCUGCUUGCCACCUACGUUCACACCGAGGACAAAUGAAACAGAUGAACAUACAGUUUUUGUUGUUGUUGAAGUCGGUAGAAUUAAGGCAUACAUUGGCAAAAUACGAUACAACGUGGACAUCGAAAUAUUAGCUAUAAUAGUAGGAUUGUUAGCCGCAGCUUUUGUCACAGCUGUUGUUGUGGGAAUAUUUACUGUGUUCAUUAUGAAAAAGAAAAAGAGGAAAGUCAUAAAGGAAUUCAAGCUGGAAUUAUUGACACGUGAGGAAAUGAUACGAAAAGCCAGUAGAGAAGAAUUUGCUGAUGCUCAGAUGACAAUGAGAGAGAUAAAAUCUGAUUUAGUUACAUCUAGGGUUCCUUUCAGGGACUACCAAUCGUAUGUUCUAUAUCAGCUGUUCCCAAACCAAGAUAUAGAAACGAACCCGUUACUUCACGACUCGAAGGUAACGGAUAACCAGGAACCUAAAAUGAAAAUUGCAUUGGAGAAAUUUGACCAGCUAUUAAACAAUAAACUCUUUUUAAAGACUCUCAUCCAAACAUUAGAUCGCAAAAAUAUGCUAACAAUGCAGGAAAAGGCGCAUUUUUCAUCUGUUUUGUCGAUAGCAUUGCUAGGAAACAUGAGACUGCUGUUUGAGUAA